AUGGCAAACGACUGUUGCGGUCCACUCAUCCCGGCCCCUGAUCCGGAUGCGGUACCUAAUUUGCCCCGUGAGGAGGCGGGCAGCGGCAAUUACUGCAAUGCCAGCGUCGCCGACACUGAGGCUUCCGAUGCAACUAACUCAGGUCAGGGAGACACCAACCAAGACCCACAGACCGGAUGUUGUUUCUCUGGCGAACAUUCAAGCAUCAAGGUUACAGGCGAUAUUGAUGUCCCUCAUUGCUGUCGUGGCAAGACAAGCCCUUGCUGCGACACGUCUUGCCUUGAACGCUUGGCUUUGCGAGAAUGCGCGAUAAGCGCUGUCGCUCCCGCUGGAGCAAAUGCACGGACAAAGAUUUGUAGUGGAGCGUCCGAAGGAAAGGCUUGCAACAAGCAUAACAUGUCUACUCUCGACCGUUUCGAAGCCACUCUCCGGACCCUGGGGUGUAUUUGCCGCGAUCUCAUUGCUCUCGGCCAGGAGACCUGUUGCGAAACUCGUGAGCGCCGCUCAUUGGAUGGAAAGAGGUCCUUGGAGACGUCACCUCCUCGCUCCUUUAAUCGGAAAUCACUGGAUUCCUGCAACCGUAGCGGCUCUGCCAGACACGACCAAGCCGCGCGGAGACAUCUUCGUCUGCGUAAGGGUGGCUCUGGGGAAAACAUCAAGUCUCCGACCAAGAACUCAUCGGUGGUUGUCACUACCAGCUCUUGUUGCUCCACGGGUAAGCCCAUGGAGCAGACUCCCAACAAGAGCAGAGCUUUCGACCCUCGUUGCUCGGAAAUGAGGGUCGUCGAGGCUUCAACCAUCAAGGAAAGUUGUGCCAAACCGUGCUGCUCCACUGACAAACCCACGGAGCAGACUAUCGUUGAGAUAAAAAGGGCUCACGCUUCCUACUCUGGGGGUGCAGGUUUGGAAGAAUAUCUUCCAGCGGUCGGCUGCCCCGGAUCUUGCUGUCCAGGAGACAAGAAUGGCAACGACGACGAUACCAAGACUAUCUCUGUCGAAAUGCCCUGUUCGGGUAUCAAUUAUGUUGUGGAAUCUUCACCUGGCGGAUGUGAGGGAAACUGUUGUGGAUCUGCCAACAUUACAGUCGUGAAAGAAAAGUCGAAUCGCGCUCGAGAUGGACCCUGCUGCAAGCCACGCUCGCUGCAAAGCAUCGAUAAAGUAAAGACUGAUUGCGCAGGUGUUUGCUGCUCUCGCAAGCGAGCAAUAAAAUCUCGGAGUUCAUGUGUCGAGGCCUGCUGUCCCUCUGUCAGCAUUAAUCACGGAGUCCAAGCGGAAAUAACCACGGUUCAAGUCACUGCUGAUACAGAAAACCAGAGUGCUGGUACGGAGCACGUUGUUCUCAGCAUUUCCGGCAUGACUUGUACCGGCUGCGAGACAAAGCUUAAUCGAACUCUCGCUACCGUCCCCGCAGUCAAAGACCUAAAGACGAGUCUAGUCCUCUCGCGAGCUGAGUUCACUAUCGACCUUCGCCUCGCAUCUGUGGAAGACGUUGUAAAGCAUUUGGAGCGGACAACCGAAUUCAAGUGUGAAAGAGUUCAAAACCAGGGUGCAAGCCUAGAUGUCAUCAUCCCAGGUGAGCCUUCCAAGUUCAUGAGUCAGAGUUGGCCAGAUGGUGUCAUUGAUUUGAAACUUGUGGAGAGACAGACCGUACGAGCAGUGUUUGAUCCAAAGCUUGUGGGAGCUCGAGACCUCGUCGAGAAGAUCUGGGGUCCGCCAAUUGAGCUUGCUCCUCCCCGUGGUGAUCCUUCGCUGGAUGCCGGGAACAAACACGUCCGCCACGUUGGAUAUAUGACACUGCUCUCGGUCGUCUUAACUAUCCCGGUUCUUGUCAUGGCAUGGGCUCCACUUCCUGAUCAUGCGUCAGCCUACAACUCAGCCUCAUUUGCAUUGGCAACUAUUGUUCAAGUUGUCAUCGCAGGACCUUUUUAUCCAAAAGCUUUGAAGGCUCUGGUGUUUUCUAGAGUUAUCGAGAUGGAUCUCCUGAUCGUUUUGAGCACUACUGCUGCCUACGUCUUCUCUGUGGUCUCCUUUGGGUUCUUCAUUGCGGGGAGUCCCCUUUCGACCGGACAAUUCUUUGAAACGAGCACCCUCUUAGUCACUUUGAUCAUGGUCGGGCGCUGGGUUGCAGCUCUCGCUCGUCAGAAAGCCGUUGCAUCUAUUUCCAUCCAGUCACUCCAGGCAUCGAGAGCCAUCCUCGUUGACAAAGAAGGUGGAACAGACCGUGAAAUUGACGCCCGACUUCUCCAAUAUGGCGAUAUAUUCAAGGUUCUUCCAGACGCCAAACUCCCGACCGAUGGCACUGUCAUCACUGGUUCUUCUGAGGUUGACGAGUCUAUGCUCACGGGUGAAUCUAGGCCAGUGGAAAAGUAUCCUGGUUCGGUCGUGAUUGCGGGAUCUACUAAUGGGUUUGGAGCCCUAACUGUUCGACUGAACCGUCUGCCUGGUGACAAUACGAUCCACACCAUUGCUGCCAUGGUCGACGAGGCCAGGCUGUCAAAACCCAAGUUACAGAGCCUCGCAGAUCGGGUAGCCUCAUACUUUGUUCCUGUUGUGGUGGCAUUGACGAUUUUCACCUUUGUCAUUUGGGUCGCAGUGGGCGUGACCGUUCAAGCUUAUGGAGGAUCCGAGGCCACCGUUCAAGCCAUCACUUACGCCAUCACUGUUCUCAUCGUAUCUUGCCCGUGUGCAAUCGGAUUGGCUGUUCCGAUGGUCAUUGUCAUUGUCAGCGGAGCCGCAGCAGAACGGGGUGUCAUCUUCAAGUCUGCCGACGCAAUCGAAGUCGCUUACAAAACUUCGCAUGUAGUGUUUGACAAAACUGGGACUUUGACUCGAGGGAAACUCUCUGUCGUCGAAGCUGAGUGCGUAGAUCAGGACAAACUUCCGUUGCUUCGGGGUCUGGUCGAAAGCAGUCAACAUCCGGUCUCGGCUGCAGUGGCUGCACACCUAAAGCAUAUCGGAGUGCCGACGUCCGUUGUCCAUGAGCCGAAAAGUUUGACGGGUAAGGGUGUGGAAACGACCCUGGACGGUCAGAAGCUUCGAGCUGGCAACUCUCGCUGGUUGAAUUUGUCAGACCACGAACUUGUCCAACCGAUGCUCGCUCAAGGCUACACUGUAUUUUGCUUCACGAUUGAUGGCGAGGUACAAGCUGUCUAUGGACUCGAGGACGACCUUCGAUCUGACGCUGCGGAAACGAUCCAAAUCUUGCAGAAGCGUGGCAUCUCUGUCCAUGUGGUAUCUGGUGACGAUGACGGAGCCGUUCAAGCCUUGGCAUCCAAGCUAGACAUUCCCGAUGAUAAUGUACGCUCUCGGAGUUCUCCUGCCGACAAAAGAGAUUACAUCAAAGCUCUCCUGGGGCCUGACACAGAUAGUAAAAAGCCUGUUGUCGUAUUUUGCGGCGACGGCACGAACGAUGCUAUUGCUCUUGCGCAGGCCACCAUCGGCGUCCACAUGAACGAAGGGACAGAUGUUGCCCAAUCCGCCGCGGAUGUUGUCCUCAUGCGUCCUUCCCUGGCUGGCAUUCUGACCAUGAUGAAUGCGAGCCGGAAAUCUGUCCACCGCAUCAAAUUCAACUUUGGAUGGAGUUUCGUAUACAACACAUUCGCAGUACUCCUUGCUGCCGGCGCCUUUGUCAAUGCAAGGAUCCCUCCGGAGUUUGCGGGGCUGGGGGAGUUGGUGAGUGUGCUGCCAGUCAUUGCUGCUGCAGUACUCUUGCGCUGGUCGAAGAUCUAA